AUGGGGAAGCUUCCUGUGCGACUCAAGGAGGUCACCUACACUAUCUCGCCCUUUGAGGUCAGCGUGCUCUCGGGUCUGUUUAAGGAUCUGCCAUCCAAGAUCCACCAUAAGUUCCAACAGCACUGGGUGGACGUGGGGCUCUUUUUCGCCCUGCCAACAUAUGCCACGUUCUGGUAUGCUAAUCAGUACAAGGAGAAGGAGAAGCACGAGCACCGCUACUGA